CCGGCGCCGUGCGCGGCGGCGGCGGUGGUGGCGGAGGAGCAACUCCCGCUCCCGGCGUCCCUCCUCCUCCUGCCUGGCACCGUGUGCCGGCGGGUGCACGGUGACCUUACGGAGCGUGCAUUACCUCACAGAAUGAUUGAAGAUUGUGGGAAAAGAGGAAAUACCAUGGCAGAAAGAAGGCAGCUGUUUGCAGAAAUGCGGGCUCAAGAUCUGGAUCGCAUUCGUUUGUCCACCUACCGAACAGCAUGCAAGCUUAGAUUUGUUCAGAAGAAAUGCAACUUGCAUCUUGUGGACAUCUGGAAUGUGAUAGAAGCCUUGCGGGAAAACGCACUGAACAACCUGGACCCCAACAUCGAACUGAACGUGGCUCGCCUGGAAGCUGUGAUUUCAACUAUCUUCUACCAGCUUAACAAACGGAUGCCGACAACCCACCAGAUCAACGUGGAGCAGUCCAUCAGCUUACUGCUCAACUUCUUGCUAGCGGCCUUUGAUCCGGAAGGACAUGGUAAAAUUUCUGUUUUUGCUGUCAAAAUGGCCUUGGCAACUCUCUGUGGAGGAAAAAUCAUGGACAAAUUAAGAUAUAUUUUCUCAAUGAUUUCCGACUCCAGUGGAGUGAUGGUUUAUGGCAGAUACGACAUGUUUCUGCGGGAGGUUCUCAAGCUGCCCACAGCUGUUUUCGAAGGGCCUUCAUUUGGUUAUACUGAGCAAUCAGCAAAAUCCUGUUUCUCACAACAGAAAAAAGUCACAUUAAACACUUUCUUGGAUACUCUUAUGUCUGAUCCCCCACCACAGUGUCUAGUGUGGUUACCACUUCUGCAUCGACUGGCAAAUGUUGAAAAUGUCUUCCAUCCCGUCGAGUGUUCCUACUGCCACAGCGAGAGCAUGAUGGGGUUUCGCUACCGCUGCCAGCAGUGUCACAAUUACCAGCUCUGUCAGGACUGCUUCUGGAGGGGCCAUGCCAGCGGUUCCCACAGCAACCAGCACCAAAUGAAAGAGUACACGUCAUGGAAAUCACCUGCUAAGAAGCUAACUAAUGCACUUAGCAAGUCUUUAAGCUGUGCUUCCAGCCGUGAACCUUUGCACCCAAUGUUCCCUGACCAGCCUGAAAAACCUCUAAACCUGGCUCAUAUUGUGCCCCCCCGACCUGUAACCAGCAUGAACGACACACUCUUCUCCCACUCUGUUCCCUCAGGAAGUCCUUUUGCAAACAGAAGCUCUCCUUCCAAGAAUACUGAAGUAGAGCAGAGCAAACUGCUGGCUAGGGCUGCUCCAGCUUUCUUGAAAGGCAAAGGGUUACAGUACAGCCUCGAUGUUGCAGACAGGUUGGCCGAUGAACAUGUACUCAUCGGGUUGUAUGUCAACAUGCUGCAGAGCAACCCGGCACGCGUGCUCGACAGUGCAAGCCGCCUGGAUGAAGAACAUAAGCUGAUCGCCAGGUAUGCAGCAAGGCUGGCAGCAGAAACUUCUUCAUCACAGCAGCAGGGUCAGCAGAGAGGGGCAUCAGAUAUCUCCUUCACCAUUGAUGCAAACAAGCAACAAAGGCAGCUGAUUGCAGAGCUUGAAAAUAAAAACCGAGAAAUCCUACAGGAGAUCCAGAGGCUGCGACUUGAACAUGAGCAAGCAUCUCAGCCCACACCAGAGAAGGCACAGCAAAAUCCCACUCUCCUUGCAGAGCUCCGGCUCCUCAGACAGAGGAAGGAUGAGCUGGAACAAAGGAUGUCUGCUCUCCAGGAAAGCCGGAGGGAGCUAAUGGUUCAGUUAGAAGGCCUCAUGAAACUGCUGAAGACCCAAGGGGCAGGCUCCCCACGCUCCUCGCCCAGCCACACCAUCAGUCGACCGAUUCCAAUGCCCAUCAGGUCUGCCUCUGCCUGCUCCACCCCAACCCAUGCACCUCAGGACUCUCUGACUGGGGUAGGAGGAGAUGUGCAGGAAGCCUUUGCACAAAGUGCAAGAAGAAACUUAAGAAAUGAUUUGCUGGUGGCAGCAGAUUCAAUCACCAACACCAUGUCUUCUUUGGUAAAAGAACUAAAUUCUGAAGUGGGCAGUGAGACAGAAAGCAAUGUGGAUUCUGAAUUUGGACGGACCCAUUUUGAUGACCUUGUUCCAUCCCCAACAUCUGAGAAGGCUUUCCUUGCACAGAUCCAUGCUCGGAAGCCAGGGUACAUCCACAGUGCUGCUGCCACCAGCUCCCUCCGCAGUGACAUGGUUACAGAAGAUGGAGACCCCUAUGUCAGAGCAGAUGAUGAAAAUUAUGAGAAUGACUCUGUCCGCCAGCUGGAGAAUGAACUGAAAAUGGAGGAGUACCUGAAGCAGAAGCUGCAGGAUGAGGCAUACCAGGCAAGCUGCAGUCAGACAGACAAUGAAAGCUAUGUAAGAACUGAUGAUGAGGAGAGCUGCUUUCGGACAGAUGAUGAAGAAAACUCAGCUGCAAACUUCACAGAAGAGUGGAACCAAGAGGUGCAGCGUCUCUUGACAAAAAAAUCACAUAACUAAGUUCUGAGGACUGUAGCACAGUACUUUUGUUCUAAGAGUUGUAGUUUGUAGAUGUGUGUUUUUGACAACAAGACUUUUGUUUAAAGCUAACUUAUAUUAGCUACAUCUUCUGUAACAUGGCUCAUUACCGGUGAAGAAAACAGACUGACGUAAGUACUGCUGUUACAAAGGAUAGCGGUAUUAAUAACUCACGUAAACCCUUUGCACAUGAUAUUGAACCUGUUCAGUUUACAAUGACAAUACUGUUUAUAGAUAGAAAUUUGAUUUCUGAAUACUUUGAGAUUUUAGUAGCUCAGUUUACUAUACACUGUACAUUUUUUCCACAGAAGAAAGAAAAAGCUACAAUUAUGCAUUUAACACUGAAUGAUUAUACUCCUGAGUGUAUAUAUGUAGUAGCCCAAAAAAAACAAAGUACCAGACUAUAUUUGCAAUUUGUUUGCAAGUCUUUAAAUUAAGACUUAUGAAAAAUGUACUAAAAUAAGAAUUAUAAUAAUAUAAUUAAUAAGAUUUUAAAAACUUCUCUAAUUUAGGGCUAACGUGUAACUUAGGAAUGUUUCUUUCAAAAUAAUCUAACAAAUCAGCCAUAGAAGUUAGUGUAAAUAUUUUUUUUCCAAAUAGAUACCAUAUACAAAAGGUGACAUUCAAAUGAUAUAGAAUCUAGUUUUUAAAUCAGCACAGAUCUUCUUAAAACUGUGAACUAUGUUUUGAAAUACUCGUUGCUAAAGCUGUUUAUAAACCACAGGUGCCAUAAGAUCCCUGAACUGACUGAUGUUACGUAUAAUCCUCCAUGGUAUUGUUUCAUUGAUGUUUUAGCUUUAGUAAGCAUGUGUUCAACAAAACGACUCUUUCCAUCUCUUCACCCCUCCUCUCCCCACCCCAAAUGUUAUUUUCGAGGCCUUCAGCUUUAAAUGUACAGGCUUAAAGUGCGCUUGCAACUGUUCUUUUUCUUUCCGAAUGUGUAUUGCCUUAGCCAGCCACCAGGUGUUCUGCAUGCACUCUUGGAAAUGUGUAGUGAGACUCUUUCAGAGCUGGAUGGAGAAAUAGCUAUCAGUGAAAAGCACAAGAGAAGUGGUGGGAUUUGUCGGAAGGACAGGCAUACAGUUACAGAACUGGAGUUUUGUCCAGUUCAGUACUUUUCUGAUAUAAAGGUAUUUCAGGGGAAAAGAGACUUACCUGGCUCAUCCAAUGAGGCAGUGAUACUGCUAGCUCAAAAGCGUUUGCUCUGCCAUGACUACAAACCUACAGAUACCUACAGAGCAGGGACUGACACAAACUAGCUGUAAUGUCCUCCCCACAGCGUAUUGCUUGGAAAUAAAGAUUAUGUGUAUAUGGCACAUAGCACUGCCGUGCAGAACAUCAGAGCCAGGCCAGGAACAGCUAGACCAGAAGCCGGUCAGUAACACAGUGCAAUGUUACAUGCUCAGCCCUCCUGAGGAGCACAGUGUGUUAUGUUGGGAUGACCUCUGUGCUCAUGUAAUUUUACUGCCCUAACACACAAUAUUAGGCUUCCAGUAUCUGACUGACCUGAAGUGACACUAACAGCCCUGAAAACAGUAGUGUUUCAUACAGAUAUUUCACACCAGCACAGUUUGCCUACAGCGAGUGAUGAGGUACCCAUCUAAAGCAGGUUAUCAUGGUUUGUCUGUCCUUGCUUUCAUGGUGACGUGGAUGUGUGCUGCUGUGUUUAUGUGAGAUUGCAGUGUAGCUCGACCCAGUAAGUCCACUUGUUUGCAUGCAUGCUCUAGGCUAGUGGCUGUUUCCCUGGGCACUAUGUGUUAGGGAAUGAGUAUCUGUAUGAAAGAGCUGCUGCCAUUUUUCACUUUCAUAUUGCAUUAUUGCUUAUGCAGAUCUCUUGUCCGCCUCUCCUUGCAUGUCUGGGCUUGGUCUGAGGCAUCUAAAUGCAUACUAAGGCAUCCAGAUAUCUUUAUGUAAGCUUUUCAUUUCUGCAAUCACUGGUCUUUGCUCCUGGGGUAUGUGCCAUCCUGGCAAGGCAGGCAGGCACCAUAUCCUCUGAUGUCCCCUCCUCCAGCCUCCUCUCAGGAAUGGGUUAGCCUCCACUAGUGCCUAGCACUCCAUGUUUAAAGCUACUCCAGUGAAUCAGCAGACAUUGCUGUCAGCUCAGGAUUCCACACGAGCAUUUCCUGAACAGAAAUAAGUCAAGCUAGAAUACAGCUACAAGCAAUGGCUGACUAAUUCAACCCAUGUCAUGUCUAACUGUACCCAGAGUAAUAGAUCCCUCCUGUACUGUCAUCUUAGUGUCUGCGUGCUCAUUAUCGCUAUGCUUAAAAUAGAUGCAAUAGAAUAAAUCCACUGCAAGGGCUUCCAGACUAGGAGUAAGGAAAAAGUUGACGAAUCAAGAGCCUUUCUUUCAGGCUGGUGCCAGCAAAGUGAUCCCCAGCAGAGCUCUGGCUCCCUUGCACCCUGGAGCCCUGAGAUGAAGCACCUCUUACUUGGCUCUCCAAAUAUCUAUUUUAAGCAUUUCCCAACUGUUGAGCUGGCUGAGUCUUCACCCAGCUGGUCUUUGUCUGUUUGUUGAAUAUUGUUUUGGUUGUGGUUCGCGGUCAUUAAAACAGAGUUACAGAAGAGGUCCCUGGCAUGGGCCUUCUCUUAACUAGCAAUGGCCCACCACAGCAGUCAAAACUCCGGGUGGUUUUACUGUCACUGGAGGAAAACCAGUGUUUGCAAUCAGGAGACAGGGAUGUGAAGAUUUAUAAGGUCCUUGAAUGUCCAAAGCGAAGGUGGAGAAUGGGUUGUCUGUAAGUAGUAAUGUUAUCUAAACUGCAUAAAAAAGGUGUGUGGCCUUUGUUGUGAUAUAAUAUGUAUUUUCUUAUAUGCAUGAGCCAGAUUGUUGCAUCAUAAUUUAUCAUAAGUGUGUCCGCCUUUACUUUCAGUCAUCUUCUCCCAUCCUUAUUGGUUCUUGGCAAUUACUGUAGAUAGACCUUGUAAAUAUUGCAACCUUGGGUUGCUGCAAUCACAUUGGUUCAAUUCAGCAGAUGGAGCUGUGAACAACAAGGACUCCACUGUGUCCUGAAGACAAAAGGGCAUUUUUACAUUUGAACCAAAAAAAAGGAUCAAAGUAUGAAGAGUUACAUCUUGAGGCUACUAACUGUAAGACAUUUUUGAAACUACUGUACUUGACACCACUUGAGACAGAUACAGGCACUAAAGAUGUCAUGAUAUUCAUUGGUAUUGUAACAGAACUGCUAUUGUAUGGGGUUUUUGUAUUGCUGUUAAGUAUUGUUGUGUGUGUGUGUUGGAACCUACUGGGGACGUUAUAUUUUGAAGUGAUUAAACUAUUUAAUUGUGUGUCUAUAUUUUGGAAUGGAAUUAUUUCUUCAUUAAAAAGAUUUUUAAAAG